AUGAUUGUCUCUUCAGCGCGACGCGUAACAGGCUGGACCUGGACCCGGAUUGGGAGUCGGGGUACGUCUUUCCAGAAUUCUUUGUCCACAUCCCCCAGUUGCAUCAUCGACUCUGCUCCAAAGACUCCGUAUCCUCCAUCUCUAACGCGGAAGCUUCCCCGCAAAUUCCACGCAGGCAUCCUCUGGCCUCACAUCCUGCGAAAGUAUUCAUCCGAAGUCGCUACGCAUGACAAGACCGGUCUCGUGAAACGGCGCCCCCAAUUCCAUGAUUAUUUCGUUACCCAUCUCCCGUCGUCGUCACUACACCCGGACCCUCGAGGGCCAACUUCUCCCUUUCACAAGCUUCCACGGUCGUCGUCAAUACCCCAUGUCGGUGAUAAUGCAGGUUCUUCGCCGGCCUAUCAGCCCUUGAUCGAUCGGGAAAUGACAGUGGUGCGAAUCCCGCUCCGUAGUGCCAAACAUCACUUUGGCGCCGUCACUGCCCGCGGGACCCGCCCUGCCAACGAAGAUACUUUUCAAGCCGGCGUGAUCGAUAUCCCUGCUUUCGCGAAGAGACCGCCCGCAUCUUUGACUAUCAACCGACUCAAGAGAUCAGGGUCAUCAGCCGGUCCGCGCGAGUCGCGGGCCGCAGACACGGCCAACGGGGAUCCACAGGUGUUUUACUUUGGGAUCUUCGACGGGCACGGCGGAUCCGAGUGCAGUACCUUCUUGCAGGACCAUCUCCACGAGUAUAUUCAGAAUUCGGCCGUGGAAUUUGAAGUCAAGUCCAGCCUCUGUAGAGAGCAGCAACAGGUCGGUGGGGGGCCGGCCCCGACCGAUUCACCCGCUUCCAGUGCUCUGCCGGUCCUGCAGGAAGCCAAUCGAGAGCGGAUUGGGGAGAUGGAAAAGAGCCUGGUGCAGAACUGGCGUCGCUUGGUGGGCGGUUACUUUAAGCGCUUUAAGCCGUCUCACUUUGCGUAUCAUGACGCGGACAUUCCUCCCGGAGACGCCGAAGUCAAGGGCCACGUCGCUAUUGAAGAGGUCCUUGAAUAUGCUUUUCUCCGCGCGGAUUUGGAUUUCAUGAAAGCACAGGCCGCCAAGCGUGAUGAUGAUCUGGUGCUCGCCGAGAAGCCUCUGAAUGAGGAUGAAAUCCUCUACAGCCCUAGUUUGACGCGAACCCCCAAAAUCGGGGGCCGGUCCCGGUUCAAAGGUGGAAGUACUGGUAGCGUGGCUCUCAUCUCGACUCCUACCUCGACACCUUUCUGGCACCCCACUGGAUCGUCCAGCCUUGUGGUGGCUCACGUGGGCGACACCCGGGUCUUGCUUUGUUCCACGCGGGAUGGAUCCGCCAUCCCUCUUACAUCCAACCAUCAUCCGUCCUCUCCCAUCGAAGCUGGUCGUCUUCGGCGCUAUGCCGCUACAUUCGUGACCGAUUCCUUUGGAGAAGAGCGGAUGAGCGGGCUCGCCAACACUCGCGCCUUUGGAGACGUGCAGUCGAAGCGCAUCGGUGUAUCCGCCGAACCGGAACUCUGCCGCGUGGAGAUGGGCCCCGCGGAGUUUUCCUUCAUGGCCCUAGUCUCUGACGGAAUCAGUGGCACCUUACAGGAUCAGGAGAUUGUGGACAUUGUCAAAGAAGCCCGCACUCCCGAGCAAGGCGCCCGCGACGUGGUCAGCUUCGCAACCGAAGUCACGAAAGAAGGCGACAACGCCACUUGUCUGGUUGUUCGGCUUGGUGGCUGGGAGCGGCGACUUGAAGGGGGCGUUGGCAGCUUAGGGACGAAGGAAUCUCGCGACUGGCGGCGCGAGGACGCCACUGAUCCGCGCAGGUCACGGAGGUGA